UAAUUUAAAAAUAUUCUUGUCAAACAAUUAAUUACAUCAAUUUAAGUAAUUUUUAUUUUGUAUUUAAUAGUACCUGUUAUACCUGCUAAUAGUUGCAGUUAAUAAGUUAACCACUAAGAUAUAUUAAAUAUCAAAAAUGUGGACCAUUGUUCACUUUAUAAACGAUGAUUCAGUGGAGCCCGUUCCAACGGAUUGGCUUAAUCAUAAUAGCACUCAAUGCGCAUGGCCAAAUAAUGAUUCGCUAAUUGCCAAGUAUCGAGCAAAUAAAACAAGGCCUAAUGGAUUUGAUUUUUCAUAUUAUGACUGUCGAGUGCUUUCAACAAACAUAUUAUCAUUUACUGAUGCACUAGACAAAGCAAAACGGGGACUGUAUACUUCUGAUCUGGAUGACUUUGAUGUUCAAACAACCAGUUACAAACCAAAAAAAUCAACAACCACCACAGUAAAACAAAACAAGUUUUCAAAACCGUCAGCAUCUGUUACUGAUUUACAAAGAAAAUCAACCUUUGCUAAAACACCAGGAAAUUCUUUAAAAAGACCGAAUACAACAUUAUUAGAUUCGCCAGAUUUAAAAAUAUUUAAGAAACAAAACAUCAAUGAAAAAAAAAAAAUAAAUAAGAAAGAUAAGUCUUCCAACUGCAGUAUGUCACCGUUAAUUGAUUGUAAUAAUGAUGUUGAUAACGAUCAAUGUUCUUCAGAGAUUUGUGAGUCUAUCAUCAAUUGCAGAUGA